AUGCUGACGGUCUCUCUAGCUAAACACUUCUUCUCGGACCCAACUCACCUGGUCAAUUCGGCCCUUCACUCCCUUACCCUAACCAACCCUUCCCUGGCCUUCGACAGACAAAACAAGAUCAUCUACCGUCGACCAUGUAAGGAUACCGAGUCCAAGGUAUCCAUCAUUUCUGGUGGCGGCUCCGGACAUGAACCUGCCUUUGCCGGCUUUGUAGGCAAGGGGAUGUUAACGGCGUCGGUGGCCGGCACCAUCUUUGCUUCUCCGUCUGCCGAGCAGGUCAGGAGGGCCCUGCUGCAACGAGUUGAUGGCUCCAAGGGCGUCCUUGUUAUUGUCAUGAACUAUACCGGUGACGUCAUGAAUUUUGGGCUCGCUGCUGAAAAGGGUAACGCGGCGGGCAUCAAGACCGAAUUCUUCGCUAUCAGUGAUGACGUUGGUGUUGGUCGUGAGAAGGGCGGAAAGGUUGGCAGAAGAGGAAUCGGUGGUGGUGUCAUGGUUCUGAAGAUCGUCGGUGCUCUUGCUGAGACAGGUGCGUCUCUGGAAGAGGUUUAUGCUACAGCUCAACUUGCCAAUAGCAACCUUGUCUCCGUUGGCUCUUCUCUGGAACAUGUCCAUGUCCCAGGCCGAGGCAUGCCAGACCCGAAUUCAGACGACCUGGUACCCCACGGCGAGGUAGAGGUCGGUAUGGGCAUUCAUAACGAGCCUGGUUCCCACCGUAUGAAGGUCACUGUAGAAGAAAUGAUACAGACCAUGCUCAAGCAGAUGCUUGACCAAAAUGAUAAGGAGCGAGCCUUCCUCAAGUACAGCUCCUCGGAAAGUUUUGCCCUUCUCAUCAACAACCUAGGAGGCGUGAGCACACUAGAGUUGUCUGCCCUUACCGCUGAAGUGGUCCUUCAGUUAGAAAGAGAUUACAAAAUUAAGCCUGUGAGGACGAUUCAGGGCACGUUCUUGACCAGUCUCAAUGGUAUGGGUUUUAGUAUCUCUCUACUCCGUCUAGUGGACACCGGACUGGGUGCAGGCAAAUCGCUUCUCGAACUAUUAGAUGCUCCCUCAGAGGCAGUUGGCUGGGCUGCCCCAAUCCGAACCUCCACUUGGGACAAUCAAACGUCCGCCUCCUUCGAGUCAGCAAGCAGCCCCCGUGCUGUCGAGAAGCCCUCAAACCUCAACCUUGAUCCUGCAAUCCUCAAAAAGGUUCUUUCCUCGGGACUUGACCGAGUUAUUAAAGCGGAACCCCUUGUCACCCGCUAUGACACUAUAGUCGGAGACGGUGAUUGUGGAAUUGGGCUCCAGCGCGGUGCAGAAGCCAUUCUCAAAGAAAUUAAUGACUCCUCCACGCCCCUCACGCCCGACAUUCUCGCUACCUUGCAUCGCAUCAUUGACGUCGUCGAAAACACCAUGGACGGCACCAGCGGUGCCAUCUACGCCAUCUUCCUUAAUGCCCUUGCCCAUGGCCUCCGUGCACAAGACAAAUCUACCCCUGCCACUGUAACAUCAAAGAUAUGGGCUAAUGCGCUCCAGCACUCCCUCAAGGCCCUGGCCAAAUACACGCCUGCCCAGCCUGGUGACCGAACUCUUAUGGACGCAUUGUCACCCUUUAUCAGCACCUUAAUUGAAACAGAAGAUAUCCGAAAAGCAGCUGAGGCAGCGAGCCAGGGCGCUGAGUCUACCAAGAUGAUGAAAGCCAGCCUUGGAAGGGCUGUGUACGUUGGUGGUGAGGACGAGUGGGUUGGCAAGAUCCCUGACCCUGGUGCAUAUGGUCUCAGUGAGUUCCUGAACGGUGUAGCUGAGGGUAUAUGA